AUGUCAGGACCGAUCACGAUCCGUAACCUCACGGCACAGCCACUGACUGUCAAGCUCAUCGAACGCUACGAAGCUCCCAAUGCAGCUAACUUUCCUCCCCAUGGCGGCUUCUCAAUCUCGAAUCUGACCUCCAAGGCCACCACUCUGCUUAGCAAUGUCACGUCUACGGGAUCUCCCAGCCAGCCUAGUCCGGGACAGCUGAGCGACAAGGCCGAAAGCUUUGCCAAGCAGGAUGUCGACCUCCGCAUGGAGCCCUUCACGACAUACAAGACAGACGUGCAAACGACCGAACGAGGUCCCAAUGAAAUCUUGCGGCUAACGUUCGAAGGGGAAGGCGGGCAGAGAUGGAGGGUAGACACGCCUUCGCCGUCGCCAGCCUCUCAGAAACUGGUACCGCUUACUCCGGAGCCGCAGCACGAUUAUACCGCCAUCUACCUUGCCGACGCACAUUUUCUGGCCUUGUUUGAGAGUACCAACCUGCAAUGCUGGAUGAAGGAGUUCAAAGACGAGACGCCGCUGUCCGCCCUCUCCAUGCCCGGCACGCAUAACAGUCCCACGUGCCAUGUGGCGCUGCCGUCUGUUCGCUGCCAAGCUGUACCCCCGAAAGACCAGCUGGAGAACGGUGUUCGCUUCCUCGACAUCCGGGUGCAACCUGUCAAGCCCGAAGAUCCCAACGAUGAUUCUCUCAAUCUAGUUCACGGUGUCUUUCCGAUCUCUCUAACAGGACCGAGGAAGUUCCGUGGCAUGCUGGAAGAUGUUGAGAGUUUCCUCCAGGCCAAUCCCAGCGAGGCAAUCAUCAUGUCCAUCAAGCGCGAAGGCACCGGUGACGCCACUGACCAGCAGUUAGCGAUGAUCAUGAAAGACCAUUACGCCAACUCUGACCGCUGGUGGACUCAGCCUCGCAUACCUACGCUAGGCGAGGCGAGAGGCAAGAUCGUUCUCAUGCGUCGCUUCGCACUCGACGAUCGGCUGAAGGGCGAAAACGACGGUCACGGCUGGGGUCUAAACGCUGAGAACUGGCGGGACAACACGCCCGACGAUACCUACGGCGACGUGCGCGUUCAGGACUUCUACCAGGUCACCGAUACCGAGAACAUCGACAAGAAGAUCCAACUAUGCUGCGACCACUUUGAGCGGGCCGCGGCCGUGGUCUGUCCCAUCCCAGGCGUCACGACAGAUAGUACGGACCCAGUACCAGCGGGCCCCCUCUACCUGAACUUCCUAUCCGCGUCGAACUUCUUCAACGUACAAACGUGGCCGGACAGGAUCGCAGCGAAGCUCAACCCGGCUGUGACGGCCUUCUUGUGCGAGAAGCAUGAAGUCGGAGACAAGGGCAUUGAUGGACCGGGUCAGGAGUUUCAGGGUGACGGUGGCGUCGGGAUCGUGGUCUGUGACUGGGUGGGCAACAACGGGGACUGGGACCUUGUGAGAUGUAUAGUGGGCAUGAAUAGCCGAAUACUGCUCAAGGAGCGCGGCAGCUGGCGAUGA